GAAGAGCUCGCAAGAUCGACGCAUCUAUCGCGAGGUUAUCACAUUAGCUUGGUUAGUUAGCUAGCUGCGGAAACCCUGAACGUGUGUCCGUUGUUUAUGAUUUUAUUUAUUCUUCUAAAGCACUGAGAGGGCUGAGCAGUGCUUAUUGAUUAUCGAUUCCUAACGCGUGCAGGAAAGCAUAAUCGCCGGACCUUGUGUUUGCACGGAUCCAAUGAUGAGUUAUGCCGAAAAGCCAGAGGACAUCACAAAAGAAGAGUGGAUGGACAAAUUAAAUAACGUUCACAUACAGAGGGCGGAUAUGAAUCGGCUCAUUAUGAAUUACCUGGUGACAGAGGGCUUCAAAGAGGCAGCAGAGAAGUUCCGGAUGGAGUCUGGUAUCGAGCCGAGUGUGGACCUGGAUUCGUUGGAUGAAAGGAUAAAGAUUAGAGAGAUGAUCCUGAAGGGCCAGAUUCAGGAAGCUAUUGCACUCAUUAAUAGCCUACACCCGGAGCUGCUCGACACCAAUCGAUACCUGUAUUUUCAUCUGCAGCAGCAACAUUUGAUUGAGUUAAUCAGGCUAAGAGAAACUGAGUCAGCGCUGGAGUUUGCUCAGACACAGCUGGCAGAGCAGGGGGAGGAGAGCCGAGAGUGUUUGACAGAGAUGGAGCGAACGCUAGCCCUUUUGGCAUUUGACAACCCAGAAGAGUCACCCUUUGGAGAUCUGCUCAACAUGAUGCAGCGGCAAAAGGUGUGGAGUGAGGUGAACCAGGCCGUGCUGGACUAUGAAAACAGGGAGUCGACACCCAAACUGGCCAAACUGCUGAAGUUGCUGCUGUGGGCUCAAAAUGAGCUGGACCAGAAGAAGGUGAAAUACCCCAAAAUGACUGACCUUAGCACAGGCACCAUCGAGGACCCCAAGUGAACACAACAGACAAGAACCACCACCUUCCACGUCCCCUUAAUUUAUGAUCAGUCAGUGACUGUGUGACAACCAGGUAACAUAUAUGUAUAAACAAAUGCUACAGUGUUUCUUUUUUUUCAUGUUUCAUUCAUGAGAGGUAAGACUUAACUCAUUGUGCAAACUGUAAAUUGCUGUAUUUGCAAAGUGGCAGAAAUUAUUUAGUUUCAAUACAGAACCUGGAUUUUUAGGUAGCUCUCAGAGACAACAAAAUUUAAAUUGCUGUUUUAUAUUUUGUCUUUUUAAAAGCUACGCUGAUAGUAUUAUUUAUCGUGACCAUUUUCCCCACCAGACUUCACUUUACCAGGAAAAGUUGAUGGUGUGAAUGAGCACUGUUCAUAGAACCGGGGGGUUGGGGGGUUGAGACUCCUGAGACUGGUGAAAUGAGAAAAUGUGACUAUUUUUCAAAAAAAAAUGGAAAGCUACACUUUAUCUAAUUUUAAUAAUAUAAUAUUUAUGAUUUUAUUUACUCUCAUUUUUGUUUUCCUCUUUCCUUUUUUUUUUUUUUUUGUCAGCUUUAAAAUCAGCCACAUGCUUUUUACGCCGUGAAAUUUGAUUGUACCUUGUGUCUAUGGGAUGCCUUGUAAAUUCAUCAUUUAAGUGUUUGAGAAGGUGAAGAGAGUCCAAAUGGAGUUGGUUUCUUACUGAGCUGAGGCCUUUUCUGAUAUCUACAGUGUGCACUGCCUCCAACAUGCUCCAAAUGGUUUUUCCUGCUGCACAGGUUUAAGGUUAUGGUUAAGUGAAGCCAAUCCUGCAUGAUCAUCAUGUAGGAUUGAGAGAAAGGGCUGCUGUAUAUGGAUGAUGGAGCUGUCAGUUAUGGCUACUGUCUAGUUCAACCCCCUCGAGUAUGAAAUUAAUUCAAACAGGAGCAGUUUCCUUUAGUAAGUGGCUUUGUUUUAGUAACUUAAAAUGACCCAAAGCUGAUACCUUUUGUCCCUGAACAGGUAUUUUGAAGAGUGCUAUCAUUUUUCCACUUUUCAAAGCCAUUGGUACUUUCACUUUACCUGCAUGUAAGUGUCCCUUUUUUUCCAAAUGGGGGAAAAGUACUUGUGCUUGUUUAUUUUUGUUUGGUUUGUUUAUUUUUAUAAAAAGAAACAAACUUGCUGCUAGUUGUCCAUCCUUAAUUUCUUUUAAGGUUGUGUUGUCUUUAUAGAAACUGGCUUUGACCCAGAAAGCUCACAUCCCUUUUAUUAUUCCACAUUUCUAAGAUCAGAUUUGCAAUUAUUAAAAUAAACUUUUGUGAACCAUAAA